AUGUCCUCCGAACUCUUUGGCUCUGAUCAACCUCCCGCCUUCGGGCAUGCGACUCUUCCACUGUUUGGUCUUGAGCCCGGACAUGUUUUCCUCAAUCACGGUUCUUAUGGUGCCGUACCUCGCCCUGUUCAAAAAUGGUGCAGCGAUCAUGCCGAAAAGGUUGAAGCAAAUCCUGGGAGGUACUACCGCUCGGGUUUUCAACAACAACACAUUGAAGCUCGCAGGCGGCUGUCUGAACUAGUUGGAGCACACGUCGACGAAUGCGUGUUUGUCCCUAAUACAACAGCUGGGAUCAACACCAUUCUUCGAAAUAUCGAGUGGGAAGCACAAGAUAUUUUGAUACAAGCAUCGACCACAUUCCACGGUACCAUCAGCACCAUGCAAUAUAUCUCCGACGUUCGCCCCCAUCCCACCAUCGAGACUUUCGAAAUAUCCUUCCCAGCGACGCACACCGCCAUCAUCGCCUCAUUCAAGAAAUACAUCAAAGACAUCAAAGCCAAAUCGCAGGCGGCCCAGUCUGGCACUGACGCUCCCAAGGCGAAGGUCCUCGCCCUAAUCGACUCAGUCGUGUCGCACCCUGCAGUAUACUUACCUUGGAAAGAGAUGGUUAAGAUAUGUCGCGAGGAGGGCGUUCUGAGUCUGGUUGACGCGGCGCAUUCUGUUGGUCAAGAGAUGGGAUUGAACCUGAACGAAGUUCAACCGGACUUUUUCGUAUCGAGCCUCCAUAAAUGGCUAUACACUUGGCGAUCCUGCGGCGUACUCUACGUACCUUUCCGUAACCAGCAUCUCAUAAAGUCGGCGGUCCCCACUUCUGGGAACUACAUCUCCUCGAAAGACAUCCACGGUGGCCCCGCAACAUCUAAUAAAUUUGUUAUGCAACAUCUACGACCCGGAAGGACAAACUACGCACCCUAUCUUUCUGUCACCGUUGCUCUUGAUUUCCGCGCUUGGCUAGGCGGCGAGAAAGCCAUCAACCAGUACUGUAACAAGCUCGCUAUUGACGGUGGAAAGCUUUUAGCGGACGUCCUUGGUACGACGGUCAUGGAUGAUACCCCAGAUAACGAACUGACAUUGAACAUGACGAACGUCGAACUUCCCAUAUCCGGGCGGGCUAACUCCAGCCUCGGCGAACUCGCGGACUCCAUAGAGGUCGAACUCAUGAACAAAUGGCAUAUCCUUGCGUCCAUAUACCCUUAUGCAGGUAAGUUAUGGGUACGGUGUAGCGCCCAGAUCUAUAACGAUCUGUCCGACUUCGAACUUUUGUCUAAGGCUUUGGUUAGUAUCUGCGGGAAGGCAUAG